UUUUUUUUUUUUCUUUUCUCUUUGCUAUUCCUUCUUUUUAUGGCUUUCCAUCUAAAUCUUAUUAUUACUCAACUCUUCGACACUAACGCUGGCCCAUUCCCUUGUGUCGUACUAUCACUUCCAUAAUUCUUUGAUUGAUUUACAUUCAUACAGUUGUUAUAUCCUUUUCUUCAUUUUUCACACACACACAUACACACAUUCUUUCCAUCUUUUUUUUUUUUUCCUUUUUUUUAUUAUUAUUGUUAUUCUUUCUUCUUAUUCCAUCUGUUUAUAUUCUUCUUCUCCUCCUUCUUUCAAUACAGCCUCACUCUUUUGUCUAUAUUUAUAUCCAUACAUUGACUUGAUUUUUUAAUAUUAGACAUGGUCAACAUUGCCGAUAAACGUUUCUCACCUACAGUGACUAGAUAUGAAUCACCUUUAGGAAGGAUGCUGACAGUGAUAGAAUGUCCACAUACACAAUUACGAUAUCUUAUUCUGGAUUGUCCAACGGAGAGCACACUUGGAUUUUAUUUGGAUGAAUUCAAACAUUUAUGUGUACAUACGGUAGUACGAUGCUGUCAACCUACCUAUCAAGCUCAACGAUUAUUGGAUCAAGGGAUUCAAGUAUUGGAUUUACCUUUUAAAGAUGGUGGACUUCCUCCGGCACAGGUGAUUCAAGAAUGGUUACAACUUGUGGAAAAGAUCAGAGGAAUACAAGUGGAUGAUGAUAAACAACAACAAUCUCCCAUGAUUGCUGUCCAUUGUGUCGCAGGUUUAGGUCGUGCUCCAGUCUUAGUGGCCAUUGCUUUGAUUGAAAUGGGAAUGAAACCUUUGGAUGCUAUUGAAUAUAUAAGAUCGAAAAGGCGCGGCGCUUUUAAUAAACCUCAAAUCAUGUUUUUGGAUUCGUAUAAACGUAUAUUGAAACCAAAAUCCUCAAGCAGUAAUUAUUCUCUUCGAUCUUCUCUUGGCCGUAUGUUUAAAUUGGGUGGUAGUACAAAUGGCAAAGCUAAUUCUACCUCAUCAUCGACAACAGAUCAACAUUGAAUCCAUGGCAGUUAUUAUUAUUUUAUUCUUUUUAUUAUUUUACUAAUUUACUUGAUUAUUAUUUCCUUUGGAUUCUUCCUUUUUUUUGUUAUUUAUCUUCUUUUACGGGUUUUUUUUGAUACUUUGGGCGAACAAUAAACAAUAUUUAUACAAAAUA